AUGGCAACAGCUAGGGCAGACUCGAUUGAUCCAAAAAAAAUGAGGAGAGGAAUAGAGAAGGCACCUCCUCCUGACUGUAGGGACUACCUGGAUAUGGAUACCGACGAGGAAGAGUUCGGACGUCAGGGUAUUCCUCGUAUACCAGUAAACCUAACUAUAAUCCUGAUUGUAAAUCUCACUAUUGGACUUUAUGUAGAAACCCCUGAGCCAGUUGAGGAGCUACCCCCAGAGCCAGAAAAACCGGUCUUCACGGAUGACGAAUUGGAAACACUUGUAUGUGAUAUUUGCACAAUUGAAAAUUUAAGUUGUCUUCAUCACCAGCUGAAGAGUAAUCCUGUGCUAACAAUCGUGAAAAUGCUGAAAGAAGUGAAUUCAUCAAGCGUCGAACAAUUCCACUCUCUGACAGAAGAAGUGGAGGAACUGGUAGCAGAAGCAAGUUCUAAUGUCAUGUAUUUGAAUUUAUUCGUUGACAACUGUGUUAGUUUCGAUGUUCCCAGUGGAAUUGAGGAAUAUUCAACGAAAAUACUCCAUCAAAUUCGUUUCGUGGGUUUAGAAUCGAAAUUCUACACCAGCGAAGAUAAGAUAGACACUUUAUGCCGAGCCCUCGGCACCCAAAUAAUCGAGCAAUGCAAAAACUACAUAAAUUUAGAUGCAAUACUAAGUGGCGAUGCGAGUGAAGGAAAGAGAAUGCUGGAGAAUUCGAUAAACUGUUGCCAAACAUUUCUCCGAAUAUUUGACAGAAUAUCGCGAAUGGACGCACAAUCGGACACUGCAGUCAUCUCAAAAAUCAACAAGACAACAGCAUUUUGUCACGUGAAUAUUUUUAUUCAAAGAUGUCAAGACCUCAUCGAAUUUUCAGAAGCUAGAUUUGUGUACGAUACCUCCGAGGAGGUAAAGAUGAUUGGCGGAGCUAGAGGAAUGGAGCACGAAUUGCAGUAUAAAAAAAUUGAAGAAUCUUUUACCGAAAUCUUAGAAGAAGUGAAGGAAAUUCGCUAUUUUAUUCUGGACGUCACCACGACAGUCUGGCUGGAUCGCAUUGUAUCACUCAACAAAAGAAUUCAGAGUAUAGACAAUAUGGUGAAAAAUCUUAUCCAAGAGAUAUUCGAAGACGUUCAGAAUAUAGAGGAGGGUAUAGGAGCCUUAUACGCCAUGAAGAGAUUUGUGACAAGACGAAAUUUGCGAGAGACCAUUCGAAACUAUUGGACAGCAGCGUGGAAAAUUUUCGAUAGCGAAUUAAAAGCCAUCGACAUCCGAGAAAAAGAUGUUCUGGAUGAUAUGGUAACAAAGCGCAGUAUUAGGUCGGCAAUGCUAAUAAGAAUUAAGGCCGAUUAUAUAAAUAAUCAAUUCAAUAUCAUGAUUAAUGCUUCCGAUUGGCUGGGAGACAGUAAUAUUCAGCUACGUAUUAUUAAGGAAUAUAAGCUAAUUCAGAGCGCUCUUACCGAAAAGGAAAAGUUCUUCUUCUCACUGUGGGAGAAAGAUGUUCAAACUGAUGUAGAGAUUCGUAAUAUCUUGAAAGAAUCUGUUGUCAAAUUUCUAAAUUCGCCCAAUGAAGAUUUGCUUGAAAUGGCAGCCAGUGAAGUCGAGAUACGUAAAAAUCCAAUGCUUAUGUGA